UUUCAAGCCAUCCUUUUAAAAUCCACUUCUCUCUCGCGCCCUGAAAGCUCGGGCUGUGCAGGGAAGCGAGAGACGGGAGACAGAGCCGGACGCUCACCGCGAAAGGAGGCGGAGGCGUGAGGGAGUGGGAGUGGGCCGGGGAAAGCCACUGAUAAGCAGGGAAGGUAGCCAGGGACGCGGCGCAGCGGCAGUGCUUUGCUGGGCUGCCGCUUUCCAAGUGCGAAGGAAAGGGACCGCUUGGCGGAGAUUAUGGGGGAUCACUCGCCUUCCGAUGCCGGCUGUUAGCAAGUGAAAGGGGGCUUGGAGGAGGCGGAGCAGCAGAGCCAGCCUAGUUUGGAAAGAACCCAGAGAGUGCGAGUGUUGUGCUGGGUCCCGACUGUUGCGUUGCUGGGUCCCGGCGGCGGCGGCGGCGGCGGAGGCUGGCUGGCUGGCUGGAGAGAAGAGCGGUUUUGCGCCGGUGGGAGGCGAAGAGUGGACGGAGGCUUUGCCAUGCCUUUUGCCAAGCGGAUCGUGGAGCCACAGUGGCUCUGCAGGCAGCAACCCGUCGCCUCGGUGCUGGAGGAGGGAACGAGCUGCGAGCCUCAGCCAGGGAGCCAGCCGGAGGAGCCGGGGGAGGCGGCCGACGAGCCGGAGGAAGAGGCUGCCGCCGCCGGGCUGGCUGUCGUGCCCACCGAAGAGAGGGAGGCGGCGGCGGCGCUGAUGAUGCUGGACCUCUGCUCGGUCAGCAACGUGGCUCUCUCGAGAAUCCUCCGGCAACUCUCCGAUUUGGCCAAGCACGCCUGCACCCUCUUCCAGGAGGUCGAGAGCGAGAUCCAGCUCACCCACCGCAGGAUCCGGGCGCUGCACUGCCGGAUCGGCUGCGUCCAAGGGGUUAUACACAGCCUGGAUCCCAAGAAGGAGGCAGUGCCUGUUUCAAACCUGGACGCAGAGAGCAAACUGAGUGUGUAUUACCGCGCACCUUGGCAUCAGCAAAGAAAUAUUUUCCUUCCUUCCACCAGACCAGCUUGUGUAGAGGAGUUGCAUCGCCACGCCAAGCAGAAUUUGCGAGCUUUGAGAAGAGAGCAACGGAUCCGGGGUGAUAGCAGAGAACAGAAAGUCCUGGGCCCAGUCACUGUGGUGGCGCCCCCAUUUCCCACUUUUCCUGUAACCAACAACCAGAAGAACAAAGAGACAAAGGACCGCCACUUGUUAAAAUUGUACAGCACCCGCUCGCCCUCCCCCACAGAGUGUUGCCACAUGACCCCAUGGAGUAGAAAGUCCCACCCUCCGGAAGAAGAAGAUACAGAUGUCAUGUUAGGGCAGAGGCCGAAAAAUCCAAUACAUAAUAUCCCUUCUACACUGGAUAAGCAAACCAAUUGGAGCAAAGCACUACCUCUCCCAACUCCAGAGGAGAAAAUGAAACAAGAUGCCCAAGUGAUUUCCUCUUGCAUUAUCCCCAUCAAUGUCACUGGAGUUGGUUUUGACAGAGAGGCUAGCAUACGCUGCUCUCUUGUUCACUCACAAUCCGUACUACAGCGGAGACGGAAAUUGAGAAGGAGGAAAACCAUCUCUGGCAUCCCCAGAAGAGUCCAACAAGAAAUAGAUUCUGACGAAUCACCAGUAGCAAGAGAACGGAAUGUGAUUGUGCAUGCAAAUCCAGACUUCUCUAAUAACGUCAACAGGAGAUCAGGUACCAGGGACUCUGAGUGCCAGACAGAAGAAAUCCUCAUUGCUGCCCCAUCCAGAAGAAGAAUUCGAGCUCAGAGGGGCCAGAGUGUAGUAGCCUCCCUGUCUCAUUCAGCUGGCAACAUAUUGGUGCUGACAGACAAUGGUGACACCAUGUUUACAACAUCAGUAAGCAACCGUGUCCGAUCAAGGAGUCUUCCUCGUGAAGGUGCUAGAACCAAUGAAGUGGAUCAUAACACUAGUGCCAAGAUGUCAGCGUAUGAGGCAGAACACUUUUUAGCAAGCCAAGAAAGAAUCUCCACAAAGGGUAAAGAUGCCAUCAAUAACCAGUGUACAGAAGAACAUCAUCCUAUAGGUUUAACUUGUUCUCAGCAUCUUCAUAGUCCAGAACGUAACUCAAAUGAGAGAGGGAGGUCAAGGUUAUCAAGGAUGGCAGAUUCUGGGAGCUGUGAUAUUUCAUCAAACUCUGACACCUUUGGAAGUCCCAUUCACUCUAUCUCCACUGCUGGGGUCCUCCUCAGCAGUCACAUGGACCAGAAAGAUGAUCAUCAAUCAUCUAGUGGAAACUGGAGUGGAAGCAGUUCAACUUGUCCUUCCCAGACAUCAGAAACCAUUCCACCUGCUGCCUCUCCACCACUGACUGGUUCUUCACACUGUGAUUCAGAAUUAUCGCUAAACAUUGCCCCUAAUGUCAUUGAAGAUUCUAGUGUCUUCAUAACAGAGCACUACAGUGAUCAAAUAGAUAAGGUUAGAGGUCACAGGACAAGUUCCUUCACUUCUGUCGUAGCUGAUUUACUUGAUGACCCUAAUAACAGCAACACAAGUGACAGUGAAUGGAAUUAUUUGCAUCAUCAUCAUGAUGCAUCCUGUCGUCAAGAUUUCAGCCCUGAACGCCUCAAGGCAGAUAGUUUGGGAUGCCCAAGUUUUGCAAGCAUGGCCACUUAUGACAGUUUUAUAGAGAAGACCCCAUCUGACAAAGCAGACACUAGCUCACACUUUUCGGUUGACACUGAAGGUUAUUAUACCUCCAUGCACUUUGACUGUGGUCUCAAGGGAACUAAAAGUUAUAUUUGUAGCUAUGCAGCUGUGGGCUCUGAAAGUGGCCAGAAUGCAAGUGUUGCUUCCAGUCUUGCAAACUGCACCUGGCAGGAUUAUGUUAACCAUCGGAGGCAAGGAAAACAGAGCAUCUCUCUGAAGAAACCAAAGGCAAAGCCAGCCCCACCAAAACGCAGUUCAUCUUUAAGGAAAUCUGACAGCAGCACAGAUCUCCCUGAGAAGAAAGAACCAAAGAUAAGCAGUGGGCAGCAGCAUAUGCCCCACACUUCCAGGGAAAUGAAGCUGCCCCUUGAAUUCUCAAACACACCUUCUAGAAUAGAAAGUGCUAAUCUGCCCAGCAAACAGGAACUCUCCUGGGAUAAUCAGGAUGAAAGUGGAUUAAAGCACCCUCAGUUUGACACCAUGGACAUCACAUCAUUUAAAGAUGAAGGUGCUGAACAAUCUCACUAUGCAGAUCUCUGGCUUCUAAAUGACUUGAAAUCUAAUGAUCCUUAUAGGUCUUUAUCCAAUUCAAGCACUGCUACGGGUACUACUGUCAUAGAAUGCAUAAAGUCGCCAGAAAGUUCUGAAUCGCAAACAUCACAGUCUGGAUCCAGAGCCACCACUCCAUCCCUCCCUUCUGUUGAGAAUGAGUUUAAGCUGGCUUCCCCAGAAAAGCUGGCAGGAUUAGCUUCUCCCUCAAGUGGCUACUCCAGUCAGUCUGAAACACCAACAUCGUCUUUUCCUACAGCUUUCUUUUCUGGACCCUUAUCUCCAGGGGGGAGUAAAAGAAAGCCAAAAGUACCAGAAAGGAAGUCCUCACUGCAACAGCCUUCUUCGAAAGAUGGCAAUAUCUCUCUCAACAAAGAUCUAGAACUUCCAGUUAUACCUCCUACUCAUCUUGACCUAAGUGCUCUUCACAAUGUCUUGAAUAAACCAUAUGCUCACAGACACCAACUACAUGCUUUUAAUAACAAUAAACAGAACAUAGUAGAAGAAGCACUGAACUCUAAUUCUCCACCAGCCCUUGCUAUUACUCCUUCAGUUCUGAAGGCUGUUCAUCUUCGAUCAAUUAGUAAACCUGAAGAAGUGAAGCAAAAAGACAAUACAGACCUUCUCCAUGCUCAAGGAAACACGUUAAUGGUGACUGCCAUUUCUUCAGGUAAAAUGAAACCACAUUUUAGCAAGAAACAAAUAUCACGACAGUAUUCCAUGGAAGAGGCCAUAGUGUCCUAUAUUGAUGUCUCCCCAGUACAGAUAAGCCCAGAACAACUGCACGCAGAAAGCACUUUGACUUUCAGUGAAAAGAAUACCUGCCGAGAGACCCUAACAGCGGUGAGUAUGGGUGCUCCAGCAUUUACGUACAAAACAGAUCAAAUGCAUCCAGUUCAUGAGCUUUUACUAGAAAGUACACUAAGUAAAGCUUGUAGCAGUUCUACUGAAGGGUUCUUACAAGGCUCAGCAACCCUUCCAAGCCAUUCUGAAGGGAAAAUAACCACUUGUAGAGCAGAACAGGAUAGGAAUCUUGAUUUUGUGCAGCUCCAACAAGAAUUGCCUGCAUGCUGUGAACAGAAGUCGGAAUAUGAACCUAUAAAUGAAAACACAUCCCAGUCUGACUCCUCAGCUGGGGGAGCAGACAUGCGUCAUCAUCUAAAUUAUCAGCUUGAUCUAAGCCACCAUGAUGACAAAGUGCCUGGGAAUAUCAGCUACGAUUCUGAGAUCUCAACUGUAGAUUCACUCAGUGAAAAAUGUUCUGAGCAGGAAAAUGAUAUUGCAUCAGGUAUUCCAACCAAAAGUGCCUCAGAUGACAGUGACAGCAGAGCAGCUGAGACACAAAGGACUCCAGAUGAUGAUGAUGAAGUCUUAAAAGAAUCUUCUCUGAGUGAUGAUUCCAUCAUUUCACCCUUAAGUGAAGAUUCUCAGGCUGAAGCAGAUGAUGUUUUUGUGUCUCCAAAUAAGCCUCGAACAACAGAGGAUCUAUUUGCAGUCAUUCACCGGUCAAAAAGGAAAGUACUUGGAAGGAAGGAUUCAGGAGAUGUUGCUGCAAGGAACAGAUUGAGAGAAUCAUCCAACACUAGCAGUGUGUCUUCUGCUGGCAGCACAUCAUCUGCAGCUACUGUCCCACCUCCCAACAGUGUGGCAAGUCCAGCAAGCAGCCAGAGAUCUCCUGGACUUAUUUACAGGAAUGCCAAAAAGUCCAACACAUCUAAUGAGGAAUUCAAACUACUGCUCCUGAAAAAGGGUAGUCGAUCUGAUUCUAGCUAUAGGAUGUCAGCGACUGAGAUACUGAAGAGUCCGAUUUCACCCAAAUCUCCUGGAGAACUGAUUGGGGAUACUUUUCAGAAUACUGAGGAGUCUUUCCAAGCCUCAUCAGGGGCUGAGGCAUCUGCUCCGCUCUCUCCUUGCCCUCCAAGAAUCAACGUAGAAGGGUUUUCUUCCAAAAGCUUUCCUACAUCAGCAUCUUCACGCGUAGGACGAUCACGGGCACCUCCUGUAGCCAGCAGCAGCCGGUACAGUGUCCGCUGCAGACUUUAUAACACCCCCAUGCAAGCCAUUUCAGAAGGAGAGACUGAGAAUUCUGAUGGAAGUCCUCAUGAUGAUAGAUCCUCUCAGAGUUCCACAUAGGCUGAACAAGGGCCAGCACACACUUCAGACUGUGAAAUGGGAGAACUCUGCAUUUACUUGGCUCAUGAGAGGCCAAUUCUGUAGCAGUCAAAUACCAUGCAGGGCAAUAUUGAUGCUUGAAAAUGCUAAGGAUUGCUAAAAUGCUGGGAGGAGAGACUAUGAUUUGUAGCUAUUUAUUACUUCACAUUUUCUAUAAGUAGAAACAUAUACUAAAUGGUUGACUUUCAUUCCAUUUCUCAUGUUUCCUGUCAUCAAUGUAGAUUGACAUCUCCCUCUCCAAAGCUACCCAUUUAGGAUCAAAAGCAUUACAUUCACUAUUGUGCUUCCCUAGGGAAAAACAUAAAAUUGCUUGAGGAAUUGGUAUUUUUUUACACUAAAAUGAACUGAAACAAAAUGUAGAAGAAAUGAACAAAACAGAUGUACUGUACAUAUCCAUAUUUUUGAUAAACAUUUGUAAAUAGAAUUAUGAGAAAAUAAGUGGUUGGUGGCAAAUAACAGCUUUGUUGAAGACAAAAACAAAUAAAUAAGGAUAAUAGUGA